AUGCGGCCAUCCUGGUGGAUCGGAAUCUGCGCCAUAUGCCUACCCACAUCCAUCAGUGCAUUAGAGAUCACCUCGUUUAUCCCUGCUCAAACGGCCUCGCCCAAUAAGCGUGCCUUUGAGGUCCUCCAACUAUUAAAGCGCAACGAUAACUGCCCCAGUGGCUACAACGCUUGCACGAACGAAGGCAACUCCGACGCCUGUUGCAAAUCGGGAACAAACUGCACCAAGGACUCUGCGAACCAAAUCGCUUGCUGUCCGACCGGCGCGAGUUGCACGGGUACUCUGACGGGAACUGCGACAUCGACUGAGACAACGGGGAGUGGGUUUGAGUUUCCGCAGGGUGCGACGACAACAACGACCACAACAACAGACGACUCGGGUUCCGGAGCGACCUCGACCGUGUCCGGGGCAUAUCCCUUUGUUUAUGUACCGACUAGUCUUUCGAAUGCGAAGACAUGCUCUUCGUAUUACUCGCUGUGUCAGUCGGAGUAUACAGGAUGUACGCAGGCGCUGAUGGGUCGCUGGGGAGUUACGGUGGCUGGAUCGGAUGGCGGUAUAACGGUUGAAGCUAUCACCGCGACAUCGGAGGCUACAUCUAUCUGUUCAAGUCUGAAGUCGAGUGCUUGUCAUGGCUUGAGCUUGGGUUAUUGUGAAGCGCUGGAGACAUCCACUGCGACUGCAACUGCUCAGGGUAAUGGGGCUCCGCAGCAAGGUCGGAGUACCAGUCUCCAUGAUUUAGUGCUGGGAAUGGCCGUUGGAGUCGCGGGGAUGUUCAUUUGA